AUGUCUACCAAUCCAAGAAGAGACAAAGGCGAACCAUCCACUAGAGCCGCAAAACAAUACUUAGAGUCGAAUCAUAGUGGGGUUGAAAAUUACGAGUUACCAUGGGUUGAAAAGUAUCGGCCAGUUUUUCUUGAUGAUAUAGUCGGUAACACAGAGACCAUUGAGAGACUAAAGAUAAUUGCAAGGGACGGGAACAUGCCUCAUGUCAUUAUUUCAGGAAUGCCUGGCAUUGGAAAAACAACAUCAGUACUGUGUCUUGCUCGGCAACUUCUGGGGGACUCUUACAAAGAAGCUGUCCUAGAGCUUAAUGCCAGUGAUGAGAGAGGUAUUGACGUUGUGAGGAACCGUAUAAAGGGGUUUGCCCAAAAAAAGGUCACUCUUCCUCAAGGUCGUCACAAGCUGGUGAUACUCGAUGAAGCAGAUAGUAUGACUUCUGGUGCCCAGCAAGCCCUCAGGCGAACUAUGGAAAUCUAUUCAUCAACAACAAGAUUUGCGUUUGCUUGUAACCAAUCCAACAAGAUUAUUGAACCUCUACAAUCGCGUUGCGCCAUCCUCAGAUAUUCACGCUUGACUGAUGCACAAGUUGUCAAGAGAUUGUUACAGGUCAUCGAGGCUGAGAAAGUAGAAUACAGUGACGACGGACUGGCGGCACUCAUCUUUAGCGCAGAGGGUGACAUGAGACAAGCAAUUAACAACCUACAAUCAACUUUUGCUGGCUUUGGGUUUGUGAGUGGGGAUAACGUUUUUAAGGUCGUUGAUUCCCCUCAUCCCAUCAAAAUUCAGGCCAUGAUCAAAGCUUGCUACGAGGGAAAGCUAGAUUCGGCUCUGGAUACUCUGAAAGAAUUAUGGGAUUUGGGAUACUCUAGCCAUGAUAUUAUCAGCACCAUGUUUCGCGUCACUAAAACCAUUCCUUCUCUCAGCGAGCACUCCAAGCUGGAAUUUAUCAAGGAGAUUGGCUUCACUCACAUGAAGAUUAUCGAGGGACUACAGACACUUCUUCAACUUCAAGGAUGUGUUGCGAGACUGGCUAAGCUGAACAUGGAUCCGAAGCUUUUCGAACCGUCAAAAUAA